AUGCGAGCAUUGGCGAAGCUUGGAGUCGGAAGUGAGAUCAUGCGGAAGCACAUACAGUUUGAAGCCAUGCAUCUAGCAGACACUUUGGCUUCGCACGAUGGUCGUCCACUGGUGAGCUUCACGUACGCGCAUAGAAGCCACAUCAACUCUAUAUGCCAGUUCCUGCUGGGAUACCGCUACGAUUUGGACGAUCCGCGGUUCGUCCCGCUGCAGGAGGCUCUGUCCAGCUUUACGCUGCAGACAGCAGCUGCACCUAUCGAGCACCGAGUGGUCUGGUUGCGCCGUAUGCUGAUAGAACCUCUCUGGCCCAGCUCCGUCAGCGCAAACCGCCGCCAUAAGAUAUCCAAACUCAACGCCGUGCUCAGAGAAUUAGUUCAGAAGAACGAGGAGACCAAGAGCACUGGACGCUCGAAAAGCUAUAUCGACCUGUACCUGGAGAAGAUCCGCGAAGCGGAGAAACCCCAUGAUGAGAAUUUCACAGGAUACCUUACAAGCGACGAAUUCCGGGAAGUCUGA